AUGUCCCUGGUUGGUUUGGAAUGGUUCAUAUACAACAGAAGCCCGGCCUACGACAGUGUUUUAGCUGGGCUGAGGGAACCUACGGCGACUGCCGAGAAUGUGACGACGGGCUUUGAGUCAAAAGAUGAGAAUGCCUCUCUAAGAAAUCGAGGACAAAGGACCUCUGAGAAAUCAGAUCCGUCUCAAGACUCUGCAACACAUGAAAAGGAGAGUUCCGGUGCCGCCCUGUUGUCAAGACUAGGGAACACCCUUGGCCGUCGGGGAUCAUCGGCCAGCCAGCCAAGCACACCAUCCGAUGUGCCAGCAGAGAGCGACGAUGCUGUUCAGUCGGAUUCCGAUCUACCAUUUCUUUUGCAGCUCUUCCCGAUCUUUGUGACAUGCCAGAAGGCGGCUGUGGUCAUGGGGAAUGACAACACCAAGGCCAUCCUGAUUGUCAAAGCUGAUGGUCUGUCGGGAGAAAUAGAUGCCUCGAAGACAUCCACCCCCGAUCCAUACAAGCAGACCUUCAAAAUCAAGUUUCAGCACCCAAUCGUAGAAAUGAGAGAGAACGAGGACUUCAAGGAAGAUCAGGCGACGAGGGCAAACCGCGAGAAGAUGGUUGCGCAGGAACCCAGCCCGACGUACAAGACUUCUUUUUUCCGGCGACACCGACGCCGCGCACUUGGAACGCUGCGAAAUCUCGUGCCGUACUGGAGAAAAUCCGUGGAAUCGUUUUCUAUAGGCUCACGAAGUCCACUUACCACCGCUGUGUCACAAAUACCAGGCUCCAGCCACUGGCAAGGUCUGGCGCGCUACUUGGACGAGGAUGAGCAAGAUUCGAGGCUACGAUGGGCGGGUGUUGAAUACGCUGCCGAGUCCACCGUGGUGGACAGCCCAGAGGCAACAUUGACUAUCUACUGGGAUGUUGUGGGCAAAGUGACAGCCGAAGCCGCCAGUAGACGCUCCAAGGAGAAUGCAACGACGUACAUCAACGGCGACGAAGCUCCCGCAUGGGGCAUGAUUCUAACUAUAAAGGGCGGAGUGGUAAACUACGGACCCUGGGCCGAUCGUCAAAGGGCGGAUCUCCAGCGCGUCUUCGUUCCCAGCUUGUGCAAGGACGCAGUUCCCGCCACCCCCCUGGCCGAGGGUGAAUAUCGAGUUCCCACUCAGUUCAAGUUGUAUGUCGAGUUGGAUGACGAGGUGACGCUCCGAAUACCCAUCCGGGAAGACUCCAAAAACUGGAAAUGGAAGGGCAAAGAGCCCCCGAUGAAGGCGGCGCCGCCGCCACUGAAGCGGAAGCAGAGGAACCGCGCGAAGAAGAACAGCAAGACCGACGCUGCACCCAUCCGUCCGGGAGGCUGGCUUGACCUGAUCGUGCCCGGCAAUGCCACAAUUUCCUUCACCAUGGAUAUGCUUGCGAGCGCAACGGGAUACCAGAUGAAGCUUGAUGUCGACCUGCCUAGCACGGAACUCGCGACCAGCGUCAACCACGAGCUUCUCUGGCGGUCUGGACCACAACGCAUAUCUUGUGACUUGUCAACUCCUCUCAAAUGGAACUCGCUAAGGUCAUGGUACUUCAACAUUGUCUCCGAGGACAUGGAACUGUUCAUACUGAGAGACCACGUCUUCCUCAUGAUAGACUUGGUCGACGAUUGGGCCUCGGGGCCGCCAGCCGAGUAUUUGGUCUUCACACCCUUCAGAUACUAUCUCAACCUCGACCUGCGUAACGUAACGUUGUACCUGAACGUUAACGAUGGAAACAUAAUCAACAAUCCUACUGACCUCGAAGACAACGCCUAUAUCGUUGCCAAAAGCCCGUCUCUCGUAGCAAACGUCUGCGUUCCAAUCGACAAGUAUCGCCCGAACAUGAAUGCUGUCUCAUUCGCGCUUGGAGCCGAGACUUUCUCUUUGUGGCUCCAUGUUCCACCUUGGAACACCCAAGGCACAUUCAUAACCUCAAAAGAGAUUGGACAUGGCGAAAACUUUGAGGCCAAUGGAAAAUAUCACUACAACGCGACGACGGCACCGUCGAACACUGACACCUUGGAGCUGAACCUCAGUCUGCAGUCGCCUACGGCAACCCUCUACGGCUUUAUCAUACGCUACGUUAUGAAACUGAAGGAUAACUACCUUGGUGACGAUAUCCACUUCAAGACGCUCGAGGAGUAUCAGGACCUUUUACGACUCAAAGAACACAACCCUGAUGCAGAACUGGCAAAUCGCCCGCCCCCAAAGAAGACCAACGACUUGGACGUGAUUCUGGGCAUCAAGAUUGAUGACCUCCGUCUCCUGCUGCCUGCAAACCUGUACUCCUGCCAGCGACACGUUCAGAUCGAAACUGCCGGUCUCUCCUUAGACCUCAGAUUCACCAAUUACUACAUGGACUUGCAGGUUAACCUUAACCCUCUCAACCUCUCCCUCGGGAACGCAGAGUCAGGCAUGGAAACACCCAUUAGUGCUGUGUCUAGCACGCAGCUGUUCAUCGACGGCUUGUCGAUCUAUGGUCACCGUCUUUUUGGCCUCCCCCCAGCCGAACCAACAUACCUUUGCAACUGGGAUAUCUCCGUGGGCACGGUUUCGGGAGAAUGCUCCACCGAUUUCCUAACGGCUCUGAUGAGCGCAGGCAAAGCAUUUGCUUUUGAGUUCGAUGAUGACGAGAACGCUUUGAUUCCGCUGUCGUCCAUUAUUGUGUACGACGUGACCUUUUUGAGGGUGGCUGUUGAGUCUGUUCGAGUCUGGUGUCAUGUGGAUGAAGCAGCUUUUCUCUUUUCGACUGGUACGCUCGAUGUCAAGUUCAACGACUGGGCGCGCACGCACUACUCCAGACGAGCAGACAUCAGACUCCCAGAACUCCAGAUCUCGUGUGUUAAUUCGGAAUCAGCCAUGAGACACAAGUGGAAAUCCCAGCAUGGCGUUGAGACUGACGCCUUCUUCCAAGCCUCUAUCCGCGUGGCAAUCAUCGGAAGAAAAUUUCACUUUUCCGAGGAGCGCAAGCUGCAGCAGGAGCUCAUUCGUCGCGAGGACCAACGGACUGGGCGCACCGAGUUUCUGCUUCUGCCCGGGAUUCUGGAGGAGAUGCUUCCGGAUCAGCUCGAUCCGCCCGCCCAAAGCUUUCCGCCAGUUCCUCACCCGACUGUUUUGGAAGGUGUUACAGAAGACCAUCGAUCCUCUGAGAGUCGAUCAACUCUCGGUCGCUCCCAACCCCUCCGUCACAAAAGUUCGUUUUUAUCCAUUACCACUACCUCAAGCAGUAGCAGUGUAGUCCGGCCACGAAGUUCUGUGAGAUCACGGGUAAAAUCUAGACAAUCGGACUUGCUGUAUCCCGACAGCCCCGAGGCUACGAGACGAGGAUCGCAACACCAGCGAGAUGUUUCUACAUCGACCGGUCGCCACUCCGCCUUUUACAGUGCAAUCGGCGACUUCCGAGACGCGAGCCAUCACUCGUCUGUAGCCUUCUCCAGCCAGUUCUACACUCCGCCGUUUCCCCUCGAGAGCAUUCGGCCCGAUACGUCAGAAGCCGUGAUGCUCAGUAUUGAAGAGGACGAUACGGCCUCCGCCUUCGGCUUCCCAGAGUUUGAACUCGACGACAUUGAUCCUGAAUCUUUGGCCGAGGAUCGUGCUCACAACAGCAUUAUUGUCGAGAUACCAACGGGCGUUACUGCGUUCCUGAAUCCCUCUGCGGUUAAGAGUGUGUCGUUGUUGCUUGCUGCUCUACAACCGAGCGAGCCGGACAAUAUUCUUGACAGCCUGCAAAUUUCCUCCAUGACCGAUAUCUUUGACCUUCAGAAGAAGAAAACAAUUGCUGGCGAAAUUACGGACGUACUUCUCAGGGUCCCAAAAGCUAACAUCAGGUUUUUGAACGCUCCAACUGUUGACCGCCUCAACCCUGGCGGGGAGGAACAGGACCAGUAUGAUGUGACAGUAUCAAAGUUAUCACUGUGUCUCCGGUCCACAGAUGCCUGGGAAAAUCCAGCGGAGCCAGUGAAGAGCAACAAACGAACAUCGGUUCUGCUGAAACUCGGAUCUGCUGACGUGUCGGCAUCGGAACGGCUUUCGGGUGCCGAAGAAAACCAGGCUGCUUUUAUGGCGCAGAUCGAGCGCGUCAUGGUGUCGCUUGGCUCUAAGGACGUAACCUACAUUGACGCAGACAUUGGCGGCAUCAGGAGCAGCACAGCAUCGGAAAAGAUCGAAUACCUCGCGUCACUCAUCCACAGGACCGGAGUUGUGGCUUCAGAACUUGGGGAGAUACUGGGACAGACAAUGUCACGGCACGAGGACCGCAUCAAACUUUUUGUCUAUAAGCUCAUGACAGAAGGACAUCCGGUUGGCGACCCCUCUUUCUUGACCAGACCGUCGGCAGUCUUGAGGUCUGCCACGGAGCAUCUACGAACCUUUGACUCGUGGAAGAUGGCCGCAAGGCUUCGUCAGAUAUGGACACACAUGCCGGCCAGUUUCAAAGAUGACCUACAGCUCAGUUGCGUUUCUGGAUCAGCAACUGCGCCAUCCGAUGCCUCUCAGCGUGUCAUUGAGGCUUUUCAACGAUGGCGUAGCUGGGAUUUGUACGAUGUGGCUGAUUCGUCGUUGAUCAAGAAUGUCUUUGGGACAGUAACAGUUGACGGCAAUACUGAAUCGCCCGACCUCCCGAUCUUGGCGGCGCUCCGUUUGAAGGAAGUGCAGCUGCUUUUAGAUCCCGGACCGAAGGAGAACCGGAUCGUCUUUGCCGACUUGACAACAAGGUUGGAGAAGAAGAUGGCACCGCAGUCCAGCGAAAAUGAGGCACAGCCGAAGAAUAUCACCGUGCUGAACGUCUACUGUGGCGAGGCAGCUGUCAUGCUCAACUGGGAACUUUGCGAGCUUGCGGAAGACAUCCUCCGGCUCUACAACAAAUCCAGCCUCUCAAGCAAACAUCUUUCAGAGACCAAGAAAGAGAACACUGCAGCCGGCAAACCAAAGUCACAAGACACCUUCCAUGUUGUCCUGGCUGUCGGGCGGGGCUCGGUGGAGGUGGACACUAUCAAUCUCAGCGCCACGUCUCUCGGCCACAACAUGAAGGCGUCUUGCUUGAUUGACGGGUAUGAGAAGACUGGCUCAUCUAUUAAUUUCAUCCUCAGCUGCGACGCCGUGACCUCACGUCUGCACCAUCGAUCAGAGCUUCUGGGAAUGUUCCAGCUUAAGGACCCGAGUGUCAUUGUUUCUCAUGAGCUCCUCGAGACGGAGACGACAUCAUGUCACACGAUCAAAUCAACAGCCAGCAGUCGCACUUUGACCCUAGCCGUCAAGCAGGAUCCCCUGUAUCUUGUUGAAGUUGCUGACUACCUGGUCAAAGAUGAGCUGACGCAGAUACACAAGCUCCAGAAACAGUUGCCGGAAUCGCCAGCACCCCCUCGUAGGAACAGCGUCAAGAUUGCUGAGCGUCUCUCAUCGUUCCGUGUCAACGUUGCAAUGUUCCUGGACGAGUACCGCAUCAGCGUGCCGUUGCUGCAGUCAAUGACCUAUAACAUCUCGGGUGUUGUAGCGCGAGCAGCGGUAGCCGCCAACUUUGGGAAGGAGCUCAUCUUCGACUUUGAUGUUAAGGAGAACUCCCACGAGAUCAGGAUGGAUGUCAGAAACCAGCCGCGUAGCAUAUCGCUUCUCCGAAUCCCGCCGACCAAUGGUCGGAUCGUAAGCCACAUGGGUCAAGGGGAGCACUCGGUCUCAGUGUUCGGCUCCGUCGAGCUUAUGCAGCUGGACGCCUCCGCAGUAUACAGUUUAUUGACGGCUCUAAACCGACCACAAAUAUCAAGUGCCAUCAGCGAGCUUCAAGAAGGCACUAAAGCAAUCCAGGGUCAUAUCAGCGACAUCUUCGGCGAGACAGCAGCCCCCAAGGAAGCAGCGCAGCCAGCACAGGCGUCAAACCUGGUCUAUACGGUUCAUCUCACUCUGGCCGGCAUAGAGGUCUUUGGAAAAACGCCCCUUGUCUCAGAGAAGGACCCUACGGCAUGCCUCUCAUUCAAGCUCGAUAGAGUGCAUCUUGAAGUAGCCAAUCGCCGUGAUGGCCAAGGGCCCAUUCUGGCGCAGCCGCAGUUGCAUAUCAACCUGCGCCAGAUUUUGAUCGACGUGCAGAAGGGCAGAGAUAACGCCAUGAGAUCCUGCGGUAGUCUUGCCCUGGGUGCUCUCAUUUCGGCAAACACACGAUACACGGAAGACGGCAAAGAAGAGAGGUCCUUCAAUUUCAGAAGUGACGGACUAGAGAUCAAUUUGUCGCCGGAGACCGUUUCGACCGUAGUUGCUGCUUUGGGAUACAUGGGCGACAAGAUCAAAGACCUCGACACGUCACGCGAGCUCGAAUACCUGCGCAAGAUCCGGCAAACGAGACCCCGCAUCGCCAUCAACGACCAGGAGGAAGCUGAGGAGCCUGACAUCAUCGAUUCAUUCUUGUCGUCUAUUGUCUAUCGUUUCGAAGUGCGCGACACGCAGGUUGCUUGGCUUGUUGGUGAUCCCUCGGAUGACUUAUUACCAUUGGCCGGAAGCAAAGAAGACCUCAUCCUGUCGGUCCAGCUCGUCAGUUUUGGAACACGCCAAACCAAGUCCGCUAGGCUCACCAUCGAGAAUUUCCAACUACAGAUGGUUCCGCCUGGCCAGGACAAGAGCCUCAGGUCUCUUCAUUCGGCGUUGCUUCCCGAGGUCAUCUUUAACAUUGCCUACGUGUCCAAUCCAAACACACGCAGCCUAGCGUUCCAGGCCGUUGGGAAAUCGCUGGAUUUGCGUUUGACAUCGGGCUUCAUUAUACCAGCUGCAAUUCUAAAGGACUCCAUUAGCCUCUCGAUCCAGAACGUACAAAGAGCCUCGCAAAAUUGGAGCACAGGGAUUGCUCCUGCUAAGGUCGAAAAGGUUGACAAGAUAGAAGAGCCGGCUCCGCCACAACGAAGUAUAUUCGGCACGAAGCGUCUGGAAUCUCUACUGGUAGACGCAGAUUUCUCAGGUGCUGUUGUUUAUGUUUCGGGCAAGAAGCCAACAGACGGACAACGUGGGAGCUCCAGGAUUGGUCGACCGUCCCUCGCAGGCAAGUACGGCCAGUUCAGCACGGAUGAUACUGGCAGCAGCACUGUUCUCAGGUCACCUGGGCUAGCCUGGAAACUCGAGUACCGAGACAACGGGCGCGAGGACCCUUCGCUUUACGGCGAGAUCAAGAUUGAUGCGUCGAGUAACAUUUUGUAUCCCUCUGUUGUGCCCCUCAUCAUGGACAUGACGACCAGUGUCAAAGAAGUUGUAGGCAAGGAUAAGGAUACGGCAACAGCUCCGCAGACGCCCGCCGCCACGAAAACCAAACCUGGCAACGAGGAUAACAUCCUCACGGCUGACCCGAACGCCGUUAUUGGACGUUUGAAGCUGAAUCUGGGGCUUCGAAUUUGCCGUCAAGAGUUCUCGCUGAGUUGUCAGCCCAUCGCACGUGUUGCGGCGACGACAUGUUUCGAAGACAUCUACUUCACUGUUAAUACAGUGCGCUCACAAGAACAAGGAAACUUCUUUUCCAUCUCCGGCGCUUUCUCCAAGCUGCAAGCGUCAGUACAGCACGUUUACUCCCGAGAGUCCACAGGCAGCUUCGACGUCGACUCCAUUGUACUGUCUUUGAUGAACAGCAAACACGUCAGUGGAACGAGCGGCGUGUCUGCCAUACUCAAGGUCAGCCCGAUGACCGUCUCGAUUAACGCCAAGCAACUCCAGGACUUUUUACUGUUCCGCGAAAUCUGGUAUCCGACCGAGCUACGGAACACCUCGACGGCCCCAGUCGCCAAGAUGAACACGGAGACUUCACAGGGUCACUUGGUGCAGAGAUAUCAGCAGGUCGCCGCAACAGCGGCGUUCCCAUGGACGGCCACUAUAUCCAUCACGUCCCUCGACGUCAGUGUAGACAUGGGCCAGGCGAUUGGCAAGUCGGUAUUCGCCAUCAAGGAGUUCUGGGUUUCAUCAAAGAAAACAUCGGACUGGGAGCAGAACCUGUGUCUUGGGUUCGAGAAGAUUGGCAUAGAUUGCACAGGCAGGUUGAGCGGUUUCAUUGCGCUCCAAAAGUUCCAGUUGCGGACAUCGAUUCAGUGGCCAGAGCGAGAGGCGGCGCUCAACGAGACGCCCCUCGUCCAGGCAUCAAUUGGUUUCAGCCAGUUCCGAGUGAAGGCAGCAUUCGACUACCAAGCCUUCCUUGUUGCUGACAUCACCUCCCUCGAACUCCUCAUGUACAAUGUUCGCCGCAGUCUCGAGGGUACUGGAGAUCGGCUGGUUAUCAUCUUCGACGGGGACGCAGUGCAGGUCUUUGGCACUACGACGUCGGCAGCACAGGGAGUUGCGCUAUAUCAAGCUUUCCAAAAGCUCAUACAGGAGAGGCGGGCCAAUUUUGAGAUGUCGCUGCAGGAGAUCGAGAAGUUUAUGAGAAGGCGGUCGUAUCAAAACACUGCUACCUCUCCCCAGCUUACCACGGCGCCCAAGUUCCGAGUGGAAGACUCGCUGUCCAAGUCUCCGAUCUCACUGGAUACGGACGUCGUGGUGACGCUCAAGGCCUUGAACCUGGGUGUGUUCCCAAGCACGUUUUCUGAUCACCAAGUAUUCAAGAUGGAGGCGUUGGGCGCCGAGGCACGAUUCGCAGCCAGCAUUGAGCAGAGGCGCGUUCACAGCAUCCUGGCACUCACCCUCGGUCAACUGCGGAUCGGCCUCGCCGGUGUCAGAAACAUUGAAGCACCCAAAACGCUCAGCGAGAUAUCGGUCGAAGAUGUCGUCGAAAGGGCCACAGGCUCGCGCGGCGGCACGAUCCUCAAAGUACCCAAAGUGGGAGCAGUCAUGCAGACAUGGCAGACGCCUAAUCGCAACCGGAUCGACUACAUCUUCAAGAGCGCGUUCGAGGGCAAAGUCGAGGUGGGAUGGAACUACUCACGCAUCAGCUACAUCCGCGGGAUGUGGGCCAACCAUUCCAAGUCACUGGAGCAGACUUGGGGCAAAGAGCUCCCGCUUACAGCCAUCAAGGUCACGGGGGUGCCGGACGCCGAGGAGCAACAGGGCGGCGGGUCGUCGCAGCAAAAGAUCACAGCAGAGGUGACGGUUCCGCAGUCCAAGUAUGACUACGUGGCGCUCGAACCGCCCAUUAUCGAAACGCCUCAGUUGCGGGACAUGGGCGAGGCCACGCCACCGCUGGAAUGGAUCGGGCUUCACAGGGACCGACUGCCCAACUUGACGCACCAGAUUGUCAUUGUAGCGCUGCUCGAGCUGGCCGGCGAGGUAGAGGAUGCUUACUCCAAGAUAUUGGGAUCAUGA